AUGUCUAAAAGAACCACCCGGUCCACGAAUAAGGCGUCUAUCCCGGCCCCCUCCUCGGCAAUUGCCGACUCGUCAGACUCUGAGAUUGUUCCGCAGGACCUGGCCAAAAAGAGCCGGUCGUCCUCGAUGUCCUCGAUCUUCUCGCUGGCAGACGACCCGCUGCCGCCUCCAAACGAAACAGACAUCAUCGCGUUCACCUCGGACAACAGACACUUCUCGUUCGUCCGCAACCUGCACAUGGCCGACUUCAUCACCAUGUUGAAUGGCUUUAGCGGGUUCUAUUCGAUCAUCUCGUGUUUGCGGUUUACGCUCACCAACAAGCCGCAUUACGUGCAAAGGGCCAUCUUUUUCAUUCUGUUGGGUCUGUUCUUCGACUUCUUCGACGGCAAGGUGGCCAGAUUGAGAAAGAAGGCGUCGCUGAUUGGCCAGGAGCUCGACUCUCUUGCGGACUUGAUUUCGUUUGGCGUGGCCCCGGCCUCCAUUGCGUUCACCAUCGGAAUGCAAACCACCGUCGAUGUGUUGUUCUUGGCAUACUGCGUGCUCUGCGGACUCGGUAGACUUGCCAGGUUCAACGUCACCGUGGCAAACAUCCCUAAAGACCAAACCGGCAAGUCCAAGUACUUCGAAGGACUGCCGAUCCCAAGCUCGUUGUGGAUCGUGUUUCUGAUGUCUUUCCUAGUGACAAAAGAGUGGUACGCAGACCAGCUGCCCUUCGGUCUGCUCUGGGAGGGAACUUUCUACGAGUGGCACCCACUCAGUUUCCUGUUCUUCCUCCAAGGAUCCGUCAUGAUCAGCAAGAGUCUCAAGAUUCCAAAACCUUGA